AUGCCCGCCUAUAGUGAUGACGAUUAUGAAGAUGACGAAGGUCCAUACGAGUUUCACGAUGAAGCUGAAUUCGAUGACUAUUUGAAUGAUGAAGAAUACGAUCUUUUGAACCAAGUACUACCUCAUUUGAAGACACAAAUGAAGGAAUACCAAGGUUGGAAUAAUUUGGAUUUGAAAUUGGCUCUGUUCGAUAACGAAUUUGAAUCCGAUGUCGCUUUCAAUCAAUUGAAGAAAACUUUCAAGAAGAAGAAAAUUGCUGCUUCCACUCCACCACCGGCUACUACUACUCAACCGGUGAAGAAAUUGAAGGAAAGUGUAGCCAAAUUGGCCCUUUCGGAGAAACAAAAGGGUAAAGAGAACGAUUCCUCGGAAUGGCUGGAGGAAGACGACGAUGAUCACCACAUCAAGGAAGAGGAUGAACCCACAGUGAGAACGUAUAAAAAAGUUACAACGCCCACAAAACCAAGAAAGGCAGUCAAUAUACCUGAAUAUUUAAAGACUGCCAAACCACAUUUAAGUUUCGUGGUUCUAGGCCAUGUGGACGCAGGGAAAUCCACAUUAAUGGGUCGUUUACUGUACGAUAUUGGUGCUGUGGAUACAAAUCAUAUCCGUAAAUUGAAGAAGGAAAGUGAAAGGAUUGGUAAGGGUUCAUUUGCUUUAGCAUGGGUUAUGGAUCAAACCACGGAGGAAAGAGAACGUGGUGUUACCGUUUCCAUUUGUACCAGUGAUUUUGAUACACCAAAGGCAAAUUUCACUAUUGUGGAUGCUCCAGGUCAUAGAGAUUUUGUCCCUAAUGCCAUUGCUGGUGUAUCUCAAGCUGAUGUGGCAGUCUUGUCUAUUGAUUGUGGCACUGAUGCCUUUGAAAGUGGGUUCAAUUUAGAUGGUCAAACUAAGGAGCAUACCUUAUUGGCCAAGAGCAUGGAUGUUAACAAUAUUGUUGUGGCUAUGAAUAAGAUGGAUUCAGUGAAUUGGUCACAGGAGAGAUUUAUGGAUAUUAAAUAUAAAUUGAGUGCCUUCUUCGAAGAAGUUGGAUUCCAUGAAGAUCAAAUCAAGUGGGUCCCCGUUAGUGGGUUUUCUGGCCAAGGGGUCUUUAAAAUUGCGUACCCAAAGGAACAAGAUUGGUAUGAAGGUAAAUGUCUGGUAGAGACACUAGAAGAUGUAGCCCAAGCGAUUGGCACAGAAGCUAAGAAAGCUGUGGAGGAUUGUCCCUUCUUAUUUUCUAUCUUAGAAGUGAUCCCCUCGAAGAAAAAUGAAGAAGCCAUUAUUUCUGGUAAACUGGGAUCGGGAUCCAUUCAACCUGGUGAAACCAUUACUGUGUAUCCAUCAGAACAAAGUUGUGUUGUAGAUAAGAUAUUAAAGGGUAAAAAUCAAGAUCAAGUGGGUAUUGCCAUCAAGGGUGAUUUCGUUACAUUGAAAUUGCGUCAUGCUCAUGCAGAAGAUAUUCAAGGUGGUGAUAUUGCUGCAUCGGUAGAUUAUACUAUAUCAGCAUCACAAAACUUCCAAUUGCAAUUGCUGACAUUCAAGAUGGAUAGACCUUUGUUACCAGGUACAUCAUUCAUGCUAUUUAGAGGUGUUUGUGAACAACCAGCCAGAAUAAGUAAAUUGGUGUCCACAGUGGAUAAACAUAAUCCUGAAAAAAUAUUAAAGAAGAAGAUCAGACAUCUUGGAUCCAAUCAAGCUGCUAUUGUGGAGAUCGAAUUAACGGAGAGGAAAAGAUGGAUCCCCAUGUUGACAUUUAAAGAAAAUAGACAUUUGGGCAGAGUAGUGUUAAGGAAAGAUGGUAGAACCAUUGCCGCAGGGUCUGUGCUGAAGAUCAUGAAUAAAUAG